ACGUAGAGUGGUUCGAGAACGGGACGAGGGAAGACUGCUUAAGGAAGAGGGGACAUGAUAACAAAUAUUAAUGCAUUAAUUAUGACAUUGAUAAUAACGACGAGCUUGCCAGGGCUUGGCACUAAAGUAUCGUUACGCACAAUACAGGAUUUGUUUUUGGUGUGCAUUUCUCUUUUAGAAAACGUAGACUCCUAAGCAGGUUUGUACAACUCUUCCUGUUGCGAACUAGGUGGAUAUCAAGUUCUUAUUGAAAAUACAUACGUGUACAAUUGAGACAUUGUAUGUUACCACCGGGUAAGACAGCAAAUAUGGAUACAGUUGCGCAAACAGGUGCGGGAUUUGUUGACAGAACGCAUAGAAGUUUUGGCCAGACACCGUUAUUCGUGCUCAUGGUUUAGGGCGAGUUGGUAAGCUUUGAAACUUGUCGUAAAGCACGGGGUUCUCAGGACUAAAUGCGCCUUUCCUGCUAUUCUUCUCCUCUUCUCAGCGUUUCCUGCUUAUGGUGGCCACCGCACUUCAUGGCUAAAAAUGCAGAACUCAAAAUGGACAGCUAAACGGAGUUGAACUCUUCCGUUGGGUUAUUAUUGUCCAAUGAUCUGGAUAUUCUACAACCACCUGAUGCUCAUUUUGAUAUGAUGUGAUCCAUCCUGUGUUCUACACGGUCGUGGUUUUGCUAUAGUUGAAUAAGUUCACCUUUAUUUCAUAUCUCAAGAUGCAGCACCUAAAUCAUUGGUCAAUAUGUGACAAUUUGUGCUAUAGUAAUAGAGUAAUUAAGUGAGCUAUGUGCUCAAACCAUGCAUUGAGAAACCACACCACAACAGUUGAGUAGAAAUUUGUUUUAUGGAGACAAUUCUGCCUUUUUACACAUUGGCACACUUGGCAGGGCUGGUCACAUCCAUGGCCUCUGUUUGAUUGUUGCCAGCUCUCAUGGAAACAUAUGCAGUCCAUGUCAGGUUGCAUGAGAGACAUUUUUUAUCCUGUUGUCUUUGAACACGGUUGUGUUCCUGUUGGCCAGGCCUUUGAACAGAUUUCAUUGGUCCCUGAUGAGCCAACUAGACACAGACAAACAGGAGAGAGGCACAAUAAAGUACAUUAUUGUACUUUCUUUUCAAAACCAUACAGAAUCAAACCCAGUGUCUGAACAUCUGCUCGUUGUGGCUCCAUGGAGCCGCUGAAGAACAUUUUUACCCGCGGCCCACUGUCGAACUGGAAAGGUCUGGAACAAUCACAAAAAGGGACCUUCACCAAUCCCGUGUGGACGGCUUUAUUUGACUAUGAGGCGUCUGGUAAAGACGAGCUCACCCUCCACAAAGGUGACCUGGUGGAAGUCCUGUCGCUGGACUCUGAGAUAUCCGGUGACGAGGGCUGGUGGGCGGGCAAGGUCAACAACAAAGUGGGAAUCUUUCCCUCGAACUAUGUCUCCUUCAAGCCUCCUUCAUAUGGGAAACUGCAGGGCAAUGGAGUCGGCGUGGUUGGGGAGCUUGGGCCAGCCGUAGUGGGGGUGGGGGAGUUCGAACCCGAGGCUGUGGAUUUCAGGGAACUGAGCCUCGAGGAGGUCAUUGGGGUCGGCGGUUUCGGCAAGGUGUAUCGCGGUACGUGGAGAGGUGGGCUGGAGGUGGCCGUGAAGGCGGCCCGCCAGGACCCAGACGAGGACAUCAGUGUGACGGCGCAGAACGUGCGUCAGGAGGCCCGGCUGUUUGCCAUGCUCACUCACCCCAACAUCAUCGCCCUCAAAGGGGUUUGCUUACAGGAACCCAACUUGUGCCUCAUCAUGGAGUACGCAUCCGGUGGCCCGCUGAGCCGAGCGCUGGCUGGGCGCCGUAUCCCGCCGCACGUCUUGGUCAACUGGGCAGUACAGAUUGCUAGAGGGAUGCUCUACCUGCACACAGAGGCCAUCGUUCCUGUCAUCCAUCGUGACCUCAAGUCUAACAACAUCCUCCUGGCCCAGCCUAUGGAGAAUGAUUGUAUGGAAGGGAUAACUCUGAAGAUCACAGACUUUGGCCUGGCACGGGAGUGGCACAAGACCACCAAGAUGAGCACAGCGGGCACCUACGCCUGGAUGGCACCGGAGGUCAUCAAGUCCUCAACCUUUUCCAAGGGCAGUGACGUCUGGAGCUAUGGUGUUCUGUUGUGGGAGUUGCUGACAGGGGAGGUUCCCUACAGAGGGAUAGAUGGUCUGGCAGUGGCCUACGGGGUGGCCGUUAACAAACUCACCCUCCCCAUCCCCUCCACCUGCCCAGAACCCUUUGCCCAGCUCAUGGCAGAGUGCUGGGAUCAGGACCCACACCUUAGGCCCAACUUUGCCUCCAUCUUGGUUCAGCUAACUGCUCUUGAGAGGCAGGUGGUGGAGGAGAUGCCUCAGGACUCCUUUCAUUCCCUACAGGAGGACUGGAAACUGGAGAUCCAGGACAUGUUUGAUGAGCUCCGAGCCAAGGAGAAGGAGCUGCGUUGUCGCGAGGAGGAGCUGAAGCGCGCGGCGGUGGAGCAGAAGUCUCACGAGGAGUUCCUGAGGCAGAGGGAGCAGCAGCUGGCCCAGUGGGAACAGGAUGUGUUUGAGAGGGAGCUCAGUCUCCUCAUCCUGCACAUGAACAACCAGGAGAAGCCCAACGUCAAGAAGAGGAAGGGAACCUUCAAGAAGCACAAGUUGAAGGGCAGUAAGAACGGAGAGAAGAUCAGCAUGCCUCAAGACUUUAUUCAUAAGAUCACUGUCCAGGCGUCUCCGGGGCUGGAGAAGAGACGCAACUCUCCCGAUCUGGGCACCGGCACCGCUCCCUCUUUCGGCCCACGCUUCCGAGCAAUCCAACUCAGCCCUAGUGAGAACAGCAGGGCGUUUGGUCUGAGCUCCAUGUGGCCCCUAGAGGCCCCUCCACACAACAAGCAGGCCAACGGGGACCGGCUGGGGCCCCACUGGACGCCCCAGAGCCCUAAGAGCCCCAAAGUCCUGCGCCUCAGCCCACAGGAGAGCAGUCUUUCAAUGAGAGCCAAGCUUCUGGACAUGGACAGCAAUGAGAACGGAGAAUCCAAGGAUGACUUUGAGGAGUACAGACCCUCCACCCCUGUCCAAAACGGCUCCUCGGCGAAAGAGCCCCCAAGGCCUACUCUACCUCAGGGGGACUCUGGCAUUGAGGAGGGGGUCUCCCCGGCCGGCUCCCCCAGGCCUGAGCACCGCUCCCUGGGAGGCUUGCUGAGGAGCACCCACCGGGCCCUACUGGGCGGCGGCUCCCUCCUGGCCUCUGUGGCCCUGGGACGACACCUGGAUGUGCCUCACAUCCCUCCCAGGGUUCCCCCCCGGACUAAUCCCCCGCCCCUGGACCACCACCACCUUCUGCAGGAGGUCCCCAUUACGGCCCUCAAAAUCCCCUCCUCCUCGGACCCCCGAGUGGUGGAUGACCUUAUCUCCUUCUCCAACUUGGAGCACCUCUCCCGGCCCCUCUUUGACUUCCCCUGCGCCCUGCACGCCCCCGGGGUGAAUCCCCUGCCCCUUACUCCACCUCCGCCUCACCGCCGGGAGAGGGCCUGCCACAGGCACGCCCAGACCCCUCAGAGCCCCCGGAGCCCCCAUUACCAGGUCCAGAGGCAGGCUAGCCCAGCAGACUGGGCCCCGUCCCACCACCACACCAAUGGGGAGGCAGGCUGUGACGCCUGGGGCCAGGGGUCAGACAGGAGGAGGAGGUCCAGCCAAGGCCUGCUCUCUGCCUCUCAACUAGGCCUGGACCUCCCCAUGUGCCAGGACAGUCUGGAGUCAGAAGACAAUCCCUUGGCGGUCCCCUUCUCCCUUUUCCCUGACCCUCGCCUCUGGAGCCCCAAAACACGUCGCCUGGAGGUCAACGUCAUCCCCCGUCCUCGCCCAUCCCCCAUCCGACCCCGCAUCGACCCCUGGAGCUUCGUCUCUGCUGGGGGCGGUGGCGGAGUGUUCGGUGGUGCCCGCAGCCCUCGACGGUCAGAUAGCCACCCAUUGGGGUACCAGCCCUCGCCCACCAACCCCUUCACGAACUGUGACCCCUUCCCCUCCCCGGACUGCGACCCAUUCUCCCUGAGAGCCGACCCAUUGUCAGGCAUUACGCCCGACACGCCCUCGCCCUUUGACCCCUUCUCCCCACCGUUCCCCACCUCUCGCUCGGCGCCCUGCUCCACCAACGGGUCCCCAACCCUGCCCACGUUCCGGGUGGCGCCUCUGAACCCGGCCGACUCGCCGCUUAUCGACCUGGGCUGGGCAGCGGUGUGUGGGGUCGGGGUCAAGCCCCUGGAGGUCACCAAAGAGAAGACGCGACCCGGCAGGACUCUGGGACUCAAGCCUUUCAAGUCCCCCACGCAACCCAGAGACGAUCGCUUCUAAACUAAACCUCCAACCCUGACCUUGCCUUUCUCAUAGCACAGAGUUUAUAGAAGCGUUUUUUUUUGUUUUUUAAGGAAUGCGGCCCGCAGCCCCCUAAAUGGACAGGUACAGGUUGUGUAUAUCCUGUGUUAGGAAUGAGGAGGAUUUGGAGUCCUAUUCAAAACAAAAAUGCACAUGACACUCAUGCAUGCCCCCCUUUAGGGGAAUUGUGGGAAAUGGGGUGCCCAAACAGUUGAGUGGUUUCGUGUUGCCUUAGAAACCAACAAGGAAGCUAAGCCUGCCUGCCAUCUAGCUCCGUGACAAUGGAUUGUGGGAGUGGAUUUCUGUGCACAACAAACCAACGUCUGAUGCCCAUUUCAUUCCAGAGGAUUUCUCUCUCACAUCUAUUUUGGAGAGUCCGAUCGGUGAGCUUCUCCAGACUCAAUCAGACGUCCCUCUAUCGCUUCCACUCGUGUCUCUCACUACUUUUUGAAGUGUGUGGAUAAUACGAAGCUGGGAAACAGCAGCUUGCUUUAUCUGUGGCUCUGAAAGCAUUCAGGGCCUUGGACAUUUAGAGUGCAAUUUGCUUUAUAAAGCAUUUGAAAAGGUUUCUGGUCUUGAGUGGUGAACCUACUUCAGAACCUAUUUUCCAUGAUUUGGCUUAAAGGUGCAAAGGACUAGGAGCUAAGUGAAGCUAGGUGCAAGAUAUGACGAUGUUUCUGGUCUUACCCUCCACAAACAAACAAACAAACAAACAAACAAAUUCUCACGCGUGUUUGUCUCUCUCUGCAAUAAAUAACGUCAAUGUGAGAGAGUACUCCAAGUAUGGCUACAGAGGUGCCAUAUCAUCCAAUCGAUAAUUCCUUCGAGAUCCUCUGGAUAUUAAAGCCAAACAAACCCAGGACCCAGGCAUUCAAAACAGGAAAAAGAGAACAUUCUGACCACAUUCCCAAAAUGCGACUGAUUUUUAUUUGGCAGGUCAGCAGGCGACAAAGCCUGGGGAGACUAGAGGCGCCACAAAGCACAUUCCGUUCAUGUGGCAAAGAAUGUGACUGCUUCAGCCCACAGCGUUAUACAGGUUUGCCCUUAGUGUGGCAGAGUGGUAGGGCGCAUAACUAUAGCCCCUCCCCCAUUUGUCCAGUAUUAUCUACCAGGAUUGGUUCUGUCCAGUCCAACAUGGGAAUACUGUUAAAUCUUGAUUGGAUGAAAUCCUGGAAGUAGCAACUUAAGGAGGAUAUCUGACUAUUACACUCAUUUCUUAGUGACUAAUUGGCAUGUUAGAAGGGAAGCUACAGUAUAAUAGCCUGCAAACAAAUUGAUAUCUGGCUGUUUCGUUCUAGGGGAAGAGAGUUUACCCAAUUGGCAAGCUUUGUAAUUAGUCUUAAUGACUGUGCUGACGAAACUGAGUGAUAAUAUUAAUUAGGAUUGUGAUAAGGACAGGGUUAAUUUAUUAACAUGGAGAUAUUUGCCUAAUUGAUACAUUUCCCCCAACAUAAAGUUUAGACUAAAUGAGUCGGGUUCUUAAAAGGGAUUUAAGCAGUGCUGUUCGAUAUCGCAUCCACUGCAGGAGUCCCCUUUAAUGCGAUUCCAGAUGAUACAGAAGCCUGCCCCCUUUAGAGUAAUGCCUCAUUAUAAGGGCUUGGAGUUCUUCGUUCCUGGCCAGGUCGCGGGAUCAGGGUCACAGAGUACUUCGUUCCUGGUCAGGUCGCGGGACCAGGGGCACAGAGUACUUCGUUCCUGGUCAGGUCGCGGGAUCAGGGUCACAGAGUACUUCGUUUCUGGUCAGGUCGCGGGACCAGGGGCACAGAGUUCUUCGAUCCUGGUCAGGUCAGAUGGUCAGCAGAGACUCCUAGUCUUACCCACCACUUAUAUCCCCCUUCUUCUCAGGUCAGGCAAACUGCUCCUCUCUUGAUCCAAAUAGAUUGGGUCCGUUUUCGCUUCACGCCAUUGACUACUGACUGGACUGCAUCUCAACCUAUAAGGUGCCUCCCCUCUCUACCUCUCCCCCUAUGUGAUGUGCACAUAACUACUUAGAGACAUAUCAUCUUUGAUCUUUGUCAUCGUUCUUAUUGAGAUUUGUUUGAGAGGCAGGUGUGGCCUGAGACUACAGUAUAUGUCAACCCCAAAUCGGUCUGUCAUCAUUUCAUAUCCGAUAAAGAACAGAAAGUGAGCAUUCAUUCCAGGCGAAGAUACAUGUACUAUGGAAUUUCAAUUGUGAUUAUUGGAAAUGAACAGCUAGUGGCGUCAAUGUCUGAGUCGAUAAGGGCAGUCCAGUGCAACUCUGAGUAGGAGUGGUCUAGUCAUCACCAAAGGACAAGGACAUGGCCAAGGAUGUUUAGGAUUAUAAAAGUCAAUUGCAAAAAGUAAUUUUAUUCCCAUUCGUAGUAUUACAAAUUGGUAUUUCAAAGGGUCCUUUCUAGGUUUAGUUUGUAGAUUGGUAAACCAUCCAUGCAGUGCCCUGUGACACUGAAUGCUCAAAUACACCCUUAUUGUACUGACUUGUGUUCCAACCCAACACCCCACGGUGUGUGUGAAUGCCUGCCAAAAAACUAGUGUACAUAUAUGGAAUAGGGUGCCAUUGAAUAUAGAGCAGCUCCUCCGCUCUGCACCCCUGGCUUUUCCCUCUCCCAUCACAGAGUCAUCUAAAGCUGUGGCAGGUGUGUUAUUGCCUACUAUACUAGUCCAUACAAGACCCCUGCACUUUAGCCUCAACAUACAAGUCAACAGACAACCCCUGUAAUUCCCAUAGGAAUGAAACUGAGACUGAUGGUCGAAAUUGUCGCAAGAGCAUCGGUAUUGCUGCCUGUCCGUCUGUCUCAUCAUGUGUCACUCUGUCUCGGUCCAAGCCCUCAUGUCCGUCUGUCUCGUCAUGUGUCUGUCUCGGUCCAAGUCCUCAUGUCCAUCUGUCUCGUCAUGCGUCUGUCUCGGUUCAAGCCCUCAUGUCCAUCUGUCUCGUCAUGUGUCUGUCUCGGUCCAAGUCCUCAUGUCCAUCUGUCUCGUCAUGUGUCUCUCUGUCUCGGUCCAAGCCCUCAUGUCCGUCUCAGUUCUUCAAGGUCUUAUCUGUGAUAUCCUUUAGACCACACGCUGCCAGGGGGAUGUGUCCAACCCUUUAGAAGCUGUAGUGUAGUACACAGAUAACCCCAAAGAGAGUUUACUCAACUUGUGCCUCUCUACAUUUUUGUGAAGUUGUAUGUUUGCUUUACUAAGGGCACAGUCACUAUCCACCUAUGUGAUGAUCUUGUGUAGAUGAUCAGUUUGACUACGUUUGAUUGUUUUAGGUCAAGAGUCAGUGAUCAGUUUGAGGAGUCUGUUUUGAUCUUGGCAAGCCAUCAGACAAUCAGAUACAGUGGAAUCUCCCCUUCAUGUUGGGUGUCAUACUACACUGGCAAUGAGAUUAAUCAUUUACAAUUUUUUUGAAAUAACUAGCUGUAUUUGUAUUUAUUAUGGAUCCCCAUUAGCUGCUGCCUUAGAUGGACUCUUCCCAGGGUCCAGCCAAAUGAAGGCAGUUAAAACGAUACAAUACAUUCACAACACAUUAAGUGUGUGCCCUCAGGCACCUUCUCCAUUGCCAUUUAUCUACAAUACAAAAUCCAUGUGUGUGUGCCUGUGUUUGUCUCUUCACAGUCCCUGCUGUUUCAUAUGGUGCAAAGGUCAUUAGACGAUACUUUGGGAUGACCUUUCGGUUGUACACGAUUCAAAUUCACUCAUGAUGUCUGGAUAGAAUCAAAAGUCUACCUUAGCUCCCUGGCCUUAACCCAAUUGAAAGACAAAACCUUCCGCUCUUGUUCCUCUCUUUUGAUUAUCUCCAUGGUCUUCUAACCUGGUCAUGGUGAUGACAGGUUUUUGGACAGGAAACGAGAUUCCUUGAGCGCUCCUAGACCGCUGUCGGGUCGCGCCGCUGGUCCCUUGAUUGAUGCGGAUGACAGGCGGCGCUCCAAUAAGAAUCUCCUGACGAGUUGUUUGUGACGCGCCGCCCUUUCAGGCAUUGCCUCAUCCGUCAUGGCGAAUCGGCGCCCCCCCCCCCCAUCCGUGCUGACAGGCCUGAAUGAAACAGAACUUUGCAGAGGAGGAGAGGAAAGUAAAGCCAAUAGACCAUGUUAGGUCUCUAGGACAAAUACUGGCUUCAUUCAUGCAUACUUUGUCCAUUUGUGUCAAGCCUUGAGGUGUAUCAGUUAGUAACAUAACCAAAUUAUUGAAGCUCUUUUAUUUUCACUUAACAAAUCGCAACGGGUCUAUUACGGUAAUUGCUUCCUGCCUCAGCAAAGGCAUGCUCGCCCUCUCCUUCAUCGUUAGUGGAGAUUUAAGGCCGGACGCGGCUCAUUUACCCAGCAUCCUCGCUACUUACCUGGACUGAAUGAAUUAGACGUUCAUUCAAAUAAACCCAAUCUAUGGACUCCAUUUCCACCCUCUCGUACCCAGCUAUUAUUACCAGAGGGGGAUUAUGUAUCUUUGUGAACACCUGUCAUGUACUUUUGUUCUGCAUGAUGUUGUCAAACAAAAUGAUUAAAGAUGACCUUUACCAACUGUGGGGGAAAAUAGUCUCUAGGGAGCCAACAAUGUGUGAGGCUAAGCCAAUACCAGGUGUCGUCUAGUUCUGAAGCCAGCUCUUCAGCCUAUUUCUCAUCCGUUUUCGUCUGAAUGCUCUUCAAGGUCACAAUCAGUUGUCCUCUCGUUCAAAUGAUAACAGUUAAGAUGCCUAAGUCAAAUAAAUGAGGCAGAUUUGUUUCCAAGACAACCACACUAGACAACCACACUUGGGCUCCCGAGUGGCUCAGCGGUCUAAGGCACUGCAUCUCAGUGCAAGAGGCGUCACUACAGUCCCUGGAUCGAAUCCAGGCUGCAUCACAUCCGGCCCAUAAGGCAGGGCACACAUUGGCCCAACGUCAUCCACAAAAGCAUAUGGAACACAUAAAUUGAAUAAACCAAAUGAUAAUAUCUCUGAUGGAGCUGUCAGAGAGGGUUACCCUGUCAACCUGAAUUAGACUGAUUCCGAUAAAUGAAGUAUCUGAUUUCUCUCUUGUCCUUUUAGUUUAUUUGAGUAAACAGUUCAGAUGCAAGAUAUGUGGGGGGGUAUUUGUUGGUAUAGGUCAUCUGACUAAAGUCCUGCUUAAAUGGACCAAUUUAAUCAAAAUCGUCAAACAAUAAGUAACCUAUAAAAGAUGGUUUGGAUGGUGCAAUUCCCUGGGAUAUGUUCGGACUCAGAUAAUCACAGUACUGUACACAGUGCAUUUGGAAAGUAUUCUGACAUUUUGUUACGUUACAACCUUUUUCUAAAAUUGAUUAAAUUGCCCCCCCCCCGCAAUCUACACACAAUAUCCCAUAUUGACAAAGCAAAA